AAUAUCGUCUCGCCUCGCCUGUAUCAGGAAAAAAAAAAAAUUAGUGAAAACAGAAACGAACACAAUAUAUAAAGAUCAUAUAUGAUCUCUGAAAACCCAAUGUAACCCUCCCUUUCUCUAUAACGCUAUCUAUCCACCUACAGCGAUAGUUCCAGGGUUUGGUCUUAUUGAAGAUUCUCAGGCUCAGAUAGCGACCAUGGCCGAAGACCGACAGCGGCGAUUCUGAAAGCCGGAGACUUUGGGAUUCCACUGAAUUUUGGGGCGUACAUUUGGUGCUGUUUCUUCUUUGUCUAGGGUUAGGGUUGGAAUGGUGUUGUACUUUGUAUUACGAAAUCAAAAAUCUAGGGUUAGCUUUUCUUUGAAUUUUGUUUCUCCUUUUUCUUUGUAGCUUUGGGGUUCUGUUCUACCCAAUACUCUGUAACUGAAAAUUACUUCAUUAUUAUCUUUUUUUUUAUUUGUUUGUUUCUGAUUUCAUUAUUUUGGAAAGGAAAAAAAAGAAAAGAAGAAUAAAAGAGUGCAAAAUAUCAUCAAUAAGAAUUUGUUCUUGACGGCCCCAUCCCAAUUCCCAUAUUGUUAAAAAAGUUAUAUUCAAAGUAAUUUAAUUUUCAUUCGUAAAUAAAUGGCGAGUCCCGGAUUAAGCAACCGAAAUAACGGGAAGCGGUUAGGCAUUACGGAGCCCAUCUCGUUAGGUGGACCGACGGAGUACGAUGUGAUCAAGACUCGUGAACUUGAAAAGUAUUUGCAAGAUGCUAGAUUGUAUGAGAGUCAGGAAGAGGCUGUGAGUAGGGAAGAGGUUCUUGGCAGGCUAGACCAGAUUGUGAAGAUAUGGGUUAAAACAAUUAGCCGAACAAAGGGCUUGAAUGAGCAACUAGUGCAUGAAGCAAAUGCUAAGAUUUUCACCUUCGGCUCAUAUCGGCUAGGGGUUCAUGGCCCUGGAGCAGAUAUAGACACACUCUGCGUUGGACCUAGACAUGCAACUCGAGAAGAAGAUUUCUUUGGCGAGCUACAGAGGAUGCUGUCUGAGAUGCCUGAAGUUACAGAGUUGCAUCCUGUGCCUGAUGCUCACGUCCCAGUUAUGAAAUUCAAGUUCAGUGGGGUUUCAAUAGAUCUUCUUUAUGCAAAACUAUCACUUUGGGUUAUUCCUGAAGACUUAGACAUAUCACAAGACUCAAUACUACAGAAUGCAGAUGAACAAACAGUUCGUAGUCUCAAUGGUUGUAGAGUUACAGAUCAAAUUCUGCGUUUAGUGCCAAGCAUUCAGAAUUUCCGCACAACAUUGAGAUGCAUGAGGUUAUGGGCAAAGCGUCGUGGUGUUUAUUCAAAUGUUGCAGGAUUUCUUGGUGGUAUAAACUGGGCAUUGCUUGUUGCUCGCAUAUGCCAACUUUACCCAAAUGCACUGCCUAAUAUGCUAGUGUCUCGGUUCUUCAGGGUGUAUACUCAGUGGCGUUGGCCAAAUCCAGUCAUGCUCUGUGCUAUUGAAGAAGGUUCUCUUGGACUUCAGGUUUGGGAUCCUAGAAGAAAUCCGAAGGACAAGUAUCAUUUGAUGCCUAUAAUUACUCCAGCUUAUCCCAGCAUGAACUCCAGCUACAAUGUGUCCUCAAGUACGCUGCGUAUCAUGUUAGAGGAGUUUCAGAGGGGAAAUGAAAUUUGUGAGGCUAUGGAAGCAAAUAAGGCUGAUUGGGACACCCUUUUUGAGUCUUAUGAUUUCUUUGAAGCAUAUAAGAAUUAUUUGCAGAUAGACAUCAGUGCAGAAAAUGCUGAUGACUUUAGAAAAUGGAAAGGCUGGGUUGAGUCCCGUCUUCGCCAACUAACGCUGAAGAUUGAGAGGCACACUUAUGACAUGCUACAGUGUCACCCACACCCAGGUGAUUUUUCAGACAAAUCCAGACCUUUUCAUAGCUCUUACUUCAUGGGCCUACAACGAAAACAAGGAGUUCCGGUCACUGAAGGUGAGCAAUUUGACAUAAGGGCAACAGUAGAGGAAUUUAAGCAGUCUGUCAACCUGUACGCAUUAUUGAAGCGUGGAAUGGAGAUUCGUGUAUCCCACGUAAAACGCAGGAACAUUCCUAAUUUUGUAUUUCCUGGUGAGGUUCGACCUUUGCGCCCGUCUAAAGUAACUUGGGGGAGCAGGCGCGGUUCAGAACUGAAGGUUUCUGGCGAUUCUCAACCAGAUAAAUUGUGUGAAGGUAAAACUGAUUUGGAUGGAUCAGAUGGUGGACAGAAGAGAAAGCGGGUGGAUGAUAAUGUAGAGACCAACUCAAGGUAUGCCAAGUCUUUACAUCUCUGCAGUGGCGAAGUUCAUGCGGCUAGCCCUCCUAUCAGCAAUAUCAGUUCAUGUUCCACAAAAUGUGAAAGUAUGGAUGCAAACAAAAAAGUUGAUGAUAGCAUAGCAGAUAGCUUAGAAAAGAUAGAAAACACAGCAGAUAUUCCUUAUCAGAAUGGUCAGAUUGAAGUAUCGUCAAGGUGCAAGCCCCCAAACGAUAGUCUACCUGCUGCUGCGAAUACGUCAAGUUCUAAAGAAGCAGAGAAGAUGGCAUUAGAGAAGAAUAUGGCUGGCCCAUAUGUUUCACACCAAGCUUUGCCAGAACUGGAUGAGCUUGAAGAUGAUUCUGAACAUGGACAUCAAGUUAAAGAUUUUUCCAGGAACAUGAAAAGCAGUCAAAUGGAGCCUUCAGAGGAGAGUGUAUCAGUUUCAGCGCCAGUAAACUCAAGCAAUGGAGCUGGUCCUUCCACUGAUUCAUAUAAUGGGGGCUUAGAGGAACUUGAGCCGGCGGAACUUAUGGUGCCAUCUUCAAAUGGAACCCCGCCUGAACCUGUGGCACAGAAAAAGUCGAUCAUCAGGUUGAAUUUCACUUCGUUGGCCAAAGCUUCUGGUAAAAGCUCAUAAAAGGAUGUUGAAUUUGAAAUCUCAUAUGUAUUAUAAGAAUUGUACUUUUUUUCACUUUUUGUAUCAACUGUUAUAAUCAAUAAAUUUUGAAUUUUACUCCUA